UAUUUCAGUGUGCAUUGCCCUUCGUAGGCCUACUGCUGGAAAUUAGUUAGCAGAAAUGAAACUUUUGGUCAGUUCUCAGCUGCUCAUCGCCGUUCUCUUUUGGCAGGCUGAGGCUCAGUCGGAUUAUACGAGUAUUAAUACAUUGUGUCAAAAUGGAGGAUAUUGUGUUGAUGAUAUCAACAACUCUACCUGCAUAUGUGUUAACGGAUAUAUCGGAACAUAUUGUGAAAUCGAUAAAGAGGUACCGGUCAUAACCUUUUGCCCACCAGAUAUACAGUUGUUGACCGGAAUGACAACAAACACUGCUGCUGCCGCUUGGACUCCCGCCACCGCUGAAGAUAACUCAGGUGUUCCUCCAAAUAUCGCAACAGAUAUUCAGCAACAAGACUUUUUGAUGAUUGGAAAUUACCUUGUGUCAGUUACUGCGACAGAUGGUUCAGGAAAUACCAACACAUCAUGUUCCUUCAAUAUAAACGUUAUAGGUAAUAACGUUAAUUCAUUAUCAUCAGUGACUGAUUACCAAAUAGCAGUAUACAUUCUUUGUGUCUUCAUUCUGUUGAUGUCUCGAUUAUUUGUCUUCUUCUGCAGGUCAUAUUUUGUUAAUAGCAAAAAGACAGACCCAGAGGUUCCAGAAAUGAAUGAUUAUAUGACAACAGUGUAAAUGUAUCAACUUGUCUGCCAACUUCUAGCAAUAAUGAUGCUGCCCCACAAUUCAUGAACUUACACAGGAGUGAUAAUACCCCUCAAGUUUAUGAUGAAAUUUCAAAUGCUAACACAUAUGAAGUACCUCUGCCAACCAGUGGUAUUGACGAUGAUGUUGCACCCCAAUCUAUGGAAACGCAGUUGGUGAAUCAUGUUGCUGCAACACAAUCUAUGGAGAAUCACAGGAGUGAUCAUACCCCUCAAGUUUAUGAUGAAAUUUCAAAUGCUAACACAUAUAUGAAGUUCCUAUGUCAACCAGUGGUACUGACGACGAUGUUGCACCCCAAUAUAUGGAAACGCAGUUGGUGAAUCAUGUUGCUGCAACACAAUCUAUGGAGAAUCACAGGAGUGAUAAUACCCCUCAUGUCUAUGAUGAAAUUCAAUAUGUUAAUACAGGAUAUCAAGUACCUCUGUCAACCGGUGGUAGCCUACUGACGACGAUGUUGCAUUCCAAUCUAUGGAAACACAGUUGGUGGAUAAUGUAGCGUUAAAACAUCGUUACGGUAGAUUACAGUUUGCUCUGGUAAGCUUUACAAAUUUUAUUAAAUUUAAUGACCAUCUUUGUUCAUAUUUGAUAGCGUAUUACAUUAAAAAACAUUAAAAUCAAUAUAAGAUACAAUGCUAUGUUAAAAUAAUGCGUGAAACAACUACAUGGUAGAUUAGUUUAAAAGUAUAUUAAUUCUUUUUUUAAUAGUUAAGCAAGCAUU